GACACGGUGUCUCGGCACGAACUGGUACACUCACUCAAGUUUGAGAGACGACGCGAAAUGAACAUGCCAUCCUGUCCUGGUCACCUGGCCGUUCUGGCAGUAGUCUUUCUGGCGUCUUUGGCAGCGACCGUGCCGCCGUGCAGCAACGAGACGACCGGACCUUCGACACCGUCUUCGACACCGGCCCUGCAGUUGAUGUCUCCGACGCCGUUGUUGAGGCCCAACGCCUCUGCUGCGCAGGUUUUGCAGCGAAGAGCAGAUGAACUGUCCAAUGCUGUGUCCAACACGAGUUUCGCGGAGACGAGGAGCAACGCCACAGUGCACGAGAUGCGGCAUAGGAAAAAACAGCAACAGCUGAUGUUGAUCCGUGCCCAGAUACUACACCGGUUAGGACUACGGAACCCACCAGGACCAACCCACAAUGCCUCUCAUGCCCUCUCAAAUACGACGCUGGCCAUAGCGGAGGAGGUCGUCCGGAACCCACCCGUCAAGACAAUGGCCACCUCCAGCGAGCUGACCACGGCGCGGACGGUUUAUUCGGAAAGGAUACAAAGCUUCUACCCAUCAUGUUCACUGCCCAACAACACUGACAGGGUAGCCUGGGACCAGCAAGGACAUUUUCGUCUUCUCUACGAUAUCAACUUUCCCAGGCCCUCUGCCGGCACGGAGAUAUCUCUCGUAUCGGCAAAGCUGCGAUUGUACAAGAUCGCUCAUCCGGACCCUUUACCCGCGUCACACAACUUUCUCGAGUCCACUGUCGGUCUGCAAGACAUAAACGUGUCAGUCUACCAAAUUCUCAAGCCCAUCAGAAGCAACCGAAGAGAAAGAAAGCAUCUUCUGGUGUCCCGCGCAAUGCCAGCAGACAGGCGAGGCUGGGUAGAAUUCAACGUCGAAGCCGCCGUCAGUCAGUGGUACCGUGCCCGCAACAGGAACCACGGCCUGGACGUUGAGGUUCGGGACGCCGCCGGAACCCUGCGAAACGCUGCGGACUACUUUCUCAACAUGAGCUGCUCAGACGGCACAGCAGCACAAGAACCCCCGUUUCCAAACAUCAUGCGACUCUACCCGGGUAUCGCUGGAAACGAAAUGUAUCCUACUCUAGACCUCCAGCUGGCCGAGGUGCUCAGAACGGAGUCGCCUCCGCCCUCGGUGGACUCCGACGACGUGACCGGAAGUCCAGCGGGCUCGAGAAUGCAGCGGCGUCGCAGACACCACACCUCCCAUGACCCCCAGGACGAAUGCCUCGGUGGAACUCGCUACAUUACCUUUGCUGAUCUCGGGUUACGACAUGUCCUACAUCCUGAAGGCUUUACCUACUCGUACUGCUACUGCCGGCAUAAGUGCGCACAAGAAGAGACCUCAGGGACGGCUGGUCCAUGCGUGAGAAAGAUGGAACCCUGCAGUACAGCAUCGUACCAACCACUGAAUGUGACUUACGAGCAUCAAGGUAGCCUCGUAACUACGACACUCACAAAUCUUGUGGCGACAAGCUGCACGUGCAGAAACCACGAGCGAUGAUGUCGCACUGCAUCACCAGUUCAUCAGGACAUCGCCUGUACUGCACAAUGCAGAGUUCACUUAAACGGCUCCAGAUCGUGUAAAAUCGAGAUUCCGCUGCAUAAUCGAAGUAGUCUUGUAUUGUUGAAAAGUACGUCACGGUUAUUUAUGACACCUAAUGACAGUGCGGCAAAUGGACAGGGCUCUGUAUAAAGUGUUGCUCUUCCAUUUAUUUUACACAUGGCAUGUGAGAAACGAUACACAGUCUUACAGCAAUAAUUCAGCAUUCGCACGUGUUUGUACAUAAGUGUGUGUGUAUAUAUAUAUUUUAUGCAACGCUCAAUAUGCCAAAGCAAAUUUUCUCAAACCCUCGUCCUAAUUAGAGCCUGAAGUUUUAGGGUUUUACCCGAUUGUUCCCCGAAUUUGCACCCCGAAUUGAAGGUUGCCUCCUUAGGGUGAAACCCGAUUUUUACCCGGCAAAUUGCCCUCACUGGGAUGUCUGUAGGAAUGCACUACCUUACUUGUUUGGCAGAAAAAUGCAGUUUCAUCACCGUUUGUACCAAACCUGUACAGUCAGAUUGCGUAACUGAGCCCGAUUUCUCCCCGAAUUUAGUAUACUGGAAGUUUUUUCUCCCGAAUUCGCAUGAAUUUAGUGCACAUGUUUAUUUGCCCGAUUUUUACCCCCCGAAUUUAGAAAAAAAUAUUUCCCGAAAACUUCAGGCUCUAGUCAUAAUUGACAUAAAUUGGAUGUAGAUACACCGCAUGCCAUAUCUGAAAGCGUUUCUUACGUUUUACACACUGUAAAGAUACAGAGUACUAACACAGCGUUUAUAUUUUUAAGUUAUCUUAAACUAAAUAUGGCUGCUUAUAUUAGGUCGUAGCAACGUAUGUGGCCGCGACACGCAAGUUCGGGAGCUUUGAGCAACGGAUACUUGUACUUAGCUUAGAGAUAAUUUUAAUUAGCAAUUUAUCUUUGCUUUGUCUUUUCUUUUUUUUUUCUUCACAUACCUUCAGCACUCUGCUCUCCUGCAAGGCUCAAGCGUUAGGCUGCAAGAGAGUGCCAUAUCUGCUGCAACAUGUGAUAUGUUGUGAAACUUUUACCUUUUUUUUUUUUUGCACAGUAUAUAUUUAACAAUCAUCUGUCAUUCUGUACAUAGUGUGAGUCAUGGGAAUCAUUACAACAUUAUUUUGGUAACUUGAGAUGCUACAUCAGUAUUUUCACGGCCUUUCAAUGUGUACAACGUGUCUUUUGUUGGAACAGUUUUUCUGAUCUCUCCUUCACCAAAAAAAAACAUUAAAUCAUCCAUUAAAUCCAGUAUUAUCACAAAAAAAAGAUAUUAUACAUUGUAGCCUUUACCCUGUCAACUCUAGUGUUCCAAGACUCUUCAGAAUUACGUGGCAUCUGAGAUAUUCCUUGUGUACAGAAAGCGGCAAUGUCAGUAUUAUGAAUAUUGUAGCUUUGCCUUAUAAUUUAUACGUUAAAUGUGCUGUAACUAAGGUAGUGUCUACUUCAGUAUGAACACUCUAGAAUGUACAGGUUGUGUUGCUCUUGUGUACCGUACUAGAUUUUCUGUGUAUGAUGUUAAUGUACAGGAAAUAAAUAAUUUUGACCACAA